AUGAUGAUACACGAAAAAGUUAUAGCUGAACAAUUUUCAUUGGAUUUUAAUAAUGAGCACAAAAACAUACUACAUCCGACGUCCUCGCAACAUGCCGCACACCUCUCACAUCGACCUUUCCACCCCCUCCAGCCCCAAGCGUACGGCGCGAGCCAUCUACUUCCUUAUCAUGCGCUACAACACCAAACGCAUGUUGCCCUCCCGUCAUCGUCUGUCAAGCAACUCGAUAUCUACUCUGCCUUCGCUUAUAAACAGCAUCAGCAACAACAAGCGCUGAUUGGUGGCUACUCACCAACCAAGCGCACGGGUCAACACCAAUCAACAAGCGAAGUUCUCGAUCUUUCACGCCGUGAUUCGGUCGAAACGACACGCAAGACACCCUCACCUCAGAACACGAACUCGAGCUUCGGCGACGAUUCAUGUGCAGGAUCACCAACACAUAGCCAGCAGAAACCGAUGAUUCCCUCUAAUUUGCUAUACAGCACUCAGCAGCAAUUCAAUCACCUUACGCCUCCGUUUGCUUCAUUCUAUCCAGCGCUUUACUCUUCAUUUGGCCAACCCGACAAAGAAGGCACAGUAACGACAUCACAAAUCCUGACAGCGGUUACACCAUCAAUCACCACGGCACCGUCAUUGCUUGCCGCGCAGACACCAAUCUCCAACAAUUGUCUUGCUGUUGCUUCUGUGGUUGCAGCGGCCGCAGCCGCUGUUGGUACACCCAGUAGUACUCUACAUAGCAUCAAAUCUGAAGAAGAGCACAUGACUGCUGUUUCACCAGUGUCCAGUCUUGAAGGACGCAGCAAAUCGCCUGUGGCACAAAUAAAUUCUGCAUCUAGUAGCAGCAGUGCUGCCUUGAAUUCGCUUAAGUCAACGCGCCCCUUUAAAGCUUUUCCACGUGAUCCGCUCGUCAUAGCCGCCAACUUUGCCGCCAAUGAUGUGCUGUUGGACAAUCCACGUGUCGAACGCUACACUGAGUACCGCAAGCGCGUAUUGGAGCAAAUACGCAAUAGCAAUGGCGGUUCGCGCACAGUCACCAACCCCAAGAUGCGUCGCAUGAAUUCACGUCGCACCAGUAACACCAGCAGCAAUGCGCCUGAGUGUGGCAGCAGUGAGGGCGAGGAGCGUCAUGGUGGUGGCGUUGACGAGUCGAGCGAUUGUGACUCCUCCUAUACUGGUGGCCAGGCAGAAAAAGUUAGCUCGUCAGCAAACGCUAUUAACGAAAGUAACAACAAUAAUCAGGCAAGUGAAAAGAAAUGCGGCACCAACAACAACAAUAGCAAUUCAACCAGUGGACAGAUCAAAGAUGCCAACUAUUAUGAGCGUCGCCGCAAGAAUAAUGCGGCCGCCAAGAAGUCGCGCGAUCGGCGCCGUAUUAAGGAGGAUGAAAUCGCCAUACGCGCCGCCUACUUAGAACGCCAAAACAUUGAACUGCUCUGCCAAAUUGACGCGCUUAAAGCGCAGUUGGCUGCCUUCACAUCCAAGAUGGUAAACGUGUAA